GUCCAGCUGGGGUGCUCGAAAGCUCGAGGUCCUAAGGCUGGAAGGAGACAGAGAGGCGGAGGUGUGGCUAGAGGCACACGCAAAGCCGUUCUUGUUGCGCGCGAGCCAUCGAGGUCCUUCGUCCUGCUGGUGUCACGCGAGGCGUCGAGAUCCAGACGGCGACACGCAAGGCAUCGAGGUCCUGCCGGCGACCCGCGAGGCGAGGGAGGUGCUGAAGACCCCAGGCUGCUGCUAAGCGCCUGGCACCAGAGCAGCCUCCCCCACAGGACAACCAGCUCCACAUCGCGGCGGCCAGAGGCACCAUGAGCUGGCGGCCACAGCAGCAGCCAGAGGAGGCCCCCGGGGAGGAAGCGUGCCCCAUCUGCUUGGAGCCGCUGUCCAACGCGGCUCGCAUCGACCCCUGCAGGCACACCUUCUGCCUGGAGUGCGUCCACGUCUGGGCUGCCGAAAGAGACACCUGCCCGCUGUGCCGCAGGCACAUCGUCGGCAUCGUGCGCCUAGCCCGACGACCACGCAGGAGGUUCCAGCGCAACGCACGGCUGGGGCGGCGGCAGCAGCAGCAGCAGCAGCAGCGCCAGAGGAGCCCCUCCAUCUACCGCUCCCGCAGCGUCUCGCCCCGGCGCAGGGAGCGCAGCCCCUCCAUGGGAGGAGAGCUUGUCAGGAGCUUCUCCUGGCACGCGGGGCAGGCCGGGCGCAGACUGCCACGGUCCCAGCAGGACGACGACAUUGGGGACACGUCCUGGCUGCACAGGGUCAGGCAGGAGGAGCCGGGGGCCGGAGAGCACGCGGGCCGGCAGGCCGGGCCCCCCGCCUGAGCAGGCGGCCGGGCCUCACCUGGGGACGGGCUGGGGGUGGCAGCCACAAUUACCCCAGGAAUA